AUGACGUCCACCGAACAAGAAAACGCUGCAAAGGCCUCGCAUACCCAUCUUGUGAUGGUGAUUCUGGUCGUUGCCUUUGCGAUAUCCGUCUCGAUUCUGGUUGUUUCGCUUCGGCUUUGGUGUCGACGUGUGAUGAAGCUGGCUUACUGGGAUGAUCUCGCUGCUGUUAUGUCAAUGCUAUGUGUGAUUGCACUCGGCUCUGGAUUUCUUGCGCUUAUACCGCGGGGACUAAAUAGCCCUACCGGAAAGAUACCAGCUCACAAAGUCGUAUCUUUCUACAAGUGUACAUACUUUGUCACAUUCUUCUACGGCCAGGGCCUCUACUGGGCAAAGAUGACAUUUCUACUGCUCUACUACAGAGUGCUAUGCCUUUCUUACUGGAGAUGGACAUACUUCGGAGCCAUCGUUAUGCUCACCCUGUGGAACAUUAGCCGAAUCCUCGUAUACUUCCUAAACUGCAUCCCCAUGGAAGCCAUCUGGAACCGAAAUAUCAAGGGGAAGUGCGUUCCGGAUCGACUCGAAGUUGCAUAUAUUCUAGCUGGAAUCAACAUAUUUACCGAUCUGGCUGUUGCUGUUUUGCCAUUACCUGUUAUCUGGAACCUCAACCUUCGGCGCUCUCAGAAGAUUGCACUUUCUGGAUUAUUCGGUCUCGCCUGUUUUCCCAUUACUCUCGCCAUCGUGAGAAUUAAAUGGGUAGAGAAGUGGUCAUUUUCCACGUGGGAUAUAAUUAGACCCAACUUGUGGGCGCUCGCGGAGGUCACAUCAGCUCUGACUUGCGCUUGCAUCCCAACCUACAAACCCCUUCUUCUGGGUAUCAGCGAAGUGGCACGUCAACACAAGAGAAACACCAACGGCUUUGUUCUUGAGCAACAUGGUAGCGAUAGCGAAGCUGGAUUACGUGCAGGUAGUAUUGGGAGUGAAGGCAGCUGCAUUCAAAAGCCGAAGCAUGCUUUGCUAUAUGGCACGCAGACUUACAUUACGGCUGAACACGAUGAAUGGCGGGUAUGA